GUUCACUUAGCGAUCGCCACACACUACACGGACGUGCGAAGGGGAAAAUUUUAUGAAAUGAUCAAGAAAGAUAUUGUGAUAUCAUGGUUCAAAGGCCUUUCUGCAGAUGAUCGAAUCGACCUCAUCUGCAAUAUACUGGACUGUUGUCUUCCUUGGGAAAUUCGAUUUUUUAAUACCUUCAUGGAAGCUCAGGUCCAACGGGAUUACCUGGCUUUUCGACAGGCUGAAAGUACGGCAAACAACCCAACGGACCUGAGCUGCUUGGUUUGCUUGGACGACUCACACAUUCGGCGAAAACUGUGUGUGUGUCUGGCUCUUCUUCACUCCAGCAAUCGACAAGCAGCAGCCGUUAUGUUCGGAAUCCUUGAUGAUUAUCAGCCUUCAACGUUUGUAGAGGAAGAAUUUUUCACUGAAUUGUCACUGUUGAUGACCAUGUCAGCUCAUCAUCCUGCAUUUUCCUUUCAUCAUAAACAUGUCUUGCAUGCAAAAUUAAAGCAACUCAAACAAGCCGCAAACCGGACGUCAGAUCUGAGUGAGGUAAGAAUAAUACUCAGUCAUUUUUGCAAAACGCUGUUGUAAAAUUCAUUGUGCAAAACAUAGGACAUAAUUCUAAAAUAGCGUCUUAAACCCUGAUUAUGUCAAAAGUGUAAAUUUCUGAGGUUCAUUUCUAAACAAACAGCGAUAUCCGUUUUGCAUGUUUUCCUUAAUGAACAAGUCAUGCCAGAGUGCGGCCGUCACGGUCUGUAUCGUUUUACUCUUUAAUAUUCUAUCCCAAAACUCUGUUAAUGUUUUACUCUAAUUUGCCCUUGUUCAUUUAUUCACCUAGACUGUCUCUGAAUCAAGCAGUGCAUCCUCAACAUUUUCGUUUGACCAAGAUGUCACAACGAAGUUUGAGCGACACGACGACUUCGAGGAUGGUACAGUCUCCCCAGAUUGCAAAACGGAAAGGGAGGAUUUGCCAUUGAGAGAUCAGCCCGCAGUGGCAAAAGAUCAGACUCCCGAAGGUAAUUUUAUUUUUCGUUAAAUCUAAAGAGUUCAUCAGCGUUUGAUUUCUAAUCUUCUUAACCUUCAUCUCGCUUACUUAGCAAACGUGAAAGCUUAAUUGUAAUGUUUUUUAUGAAAAUAAGCUUAAUAGCCUAUUGUGUCCAGCAGUGAUUCCUAACGUUCCUUAAUUUUGUCAUAAAUCUCACAGCUGAUAUGUAAAUUGGCCGAUAACUUUUGUGUUUACAGUUGUCCGUGAAGCCAUCUUGUUGUUCAUACUUUGGAUUCGUUUUGUAAUAAGUAUUGUAGAAAAAAUACGGCCCGCGACACUAGCUUUAACAAAGCUACUUUUAUCUAACAGCUGUAAGGAAUAAUUUGAUAUUCAGCUAGGUCACCUUUCCUGGAAUGGCAAACAUGAGAUUAUAAAAUAUUGUCUUCCCUUGAAUGUUAUGAAAUAUCAAUAUCCUGUGUGGAAAGAUUAAUUUCUUAAAUAUCUAAUAAUCUUUUAAAAAGAAAUACAAGUAAUAAAUUACGUGAAUAAUUAAAUUCAAGGACCAUGCCACUAUAAAUUUCACUAUAAUACUUGCUUGUGCUUGAUAAAAUAGUUAGGCUUUAAAAAGGUUAGUUAUCAUUUUCACCCUAGAAAGUCGGAUGUGCUUUAUUUCGUCCGCAUGCAAAUGGUGAAAGGCCAUAAAAUUAUUCAUACAAGGACUUUACUUAGGUUUUUUUUAAAUAUACCAUGUCCCUGAACCACCAUAUGCUGAAAAUAAAAAUAAGAAUGUAUUUACAUACUGGUAAUCUUCUCUAAUUUCUGUCACAUAAUGCUAGGGCAGACCUAGCAUUUUUUUCAAGGGGUUCAAAUAAAUGGCCAUGGAAACUAUGGAUGUCUAGGGGCAUGCCCUCCCACAAAAGUUUUUAAGAUUUUAGUUUAAUGAAAAGUGGUUUCCAGCGUUCUGAAGGUGAAUCAAAGUCGUUUGAUUGCUGUUAGUCAAGAAUUGUUUGGCAUCAUUUGUUACUUUUUACUGCAGUAGGUUUUUGUCAUAACUGCCAUGGAGUUUAAGUGUGUUCGCAGUUGCAGUUCAAAUGGUUCACAAAUAAUUUUAUUGUCAUCAAUUCUUAUUAGGUUUUAGUAGGAACAAUAAGAGAUUGUUUUUUAAUUUUUUUUGGGGGGGGUAAUCCUCUUUUGAUCAGCUUUUAAAGUCUUAUUGAAACAUGUGAGACAGUCUUAAUUGCUUUUUACCAAACACUCCCUGCACAUAUUUUGUAUAUGAAAUAUGUAUGAGUUACGCUUAAUGUCAUCAUUUCACCAAAGUGUCUUAGAAUGCAGGUCAUUGAAAGCAGAUAACGUGAUGAAUAAUAGGUCAGGUGGCUAAAUUGCAGAAUGUGAUAAUUUGUGGGAUGUGACAUUAUAUACCUACAUCUUAAGUUAACCGGCUUAAUAAGGGACGUGCCUGAGCAAUCUAGUACGUCUUGACACUUACUAGGGACAUAUAAAUGUAAACAACAAUAUUAAUGAAGGCAGUAAGAGACGCAAACAUCAACAGAAAUCAAAAAAGCACACAGACAUGUUACCACAAAACAAGAUAUUCAUAGUAAGCGACGUGUGACCCUUUUUGACUACUGAGGUAAUUUUCUGUUCUGGAUGCAUCGAAGGUGUCAAAAAUAAUUGAGUCAAGAUGAAUUGCAUUCUUUGCAUUCAAGUGCUGUUCUUGAAAGUACGGUGGCCAAAGUGACCUCUACAAUUUUGUAGUUUGUAUUUCUUUGUGCAGGAUAAUUUUCACAUGCUAAUGCAACAAUAAGUGUUACUGGUAGAGUAGUAGCAACAGAAAAUAGUAAAAACAAAUAUUAACAAUUGCAUGGAAUCCUUGAAAAGUGAAAAUUAUUGUGUCCUUAAAGGUCCUUGAAAAGUCCUUGAAUUCUUGUACCAAAAAAGGUAUAAACCUUGUUUGCGUGGCUAGAGAGAUUAUUGGAAAGAUUGUUUAAAAACGUAGGCUGCUUUACAUUGAUUCUGACUGUUAUUUAUCAGCUAUAUAUUUAGACCUUGGGAUUAAGAUAAGGGAGGAGGGAGGACUACAAUGAAAAAAAAUUUUCUUGGCCUUGUGGGCCUUGUUCUGGUCUGAUUUGUGUGGGGUGGGGGUGUGCCCCUUUCCUAAAUUCCUCACUGUUAAAAUGUAAAUUUAAAACAAAAAGUUGCCACCUUUUUCAAUGGCAGCGCAUUCUAGUUGUAGCCUGAUGGCCAUUAAUCAGCUUGGCUUUAGUUAGUUCAUUUGGAAUAUAAGAUUUAACUGCGAAUAUUUGUUCAGUCAACUUCCUUUUUUCCAGACACCCUCAGUGCUAUAAAGAGUUGCUUUCCUCAAUAACAAAAAUUAUUUUGAAAUAAUGGGGUGGGGUGGAAUUUCCGUAGAAAAACAUUUACAUUAGAGGGAUAGGAAAUACCAUUAUAUACAAUCACAGUAUUGUUGUAAAGUCAAACCUGUUGAAUUUAUACAGACACUGAGGGGGCUAUAGAAACUUUCCUUAUUAAGACUGGGUUGAAGACAAAAUGGCAGGGCUUUCUUUCCCCAGGGACAAAGCAAACUGUCUAUAGUCCACCCCCCCACCCCAAAGCUUUAUUAUCCGCAGAAUAACAUAUCUUGUUUACAUGUGCUUUUGAUCUGAUGAAUACAGUUUCUUGAAAGGUUACACUCUGAUUAAUUUUUCAUUCCAAACAUUUCUUCAAUUUUACCAAAAACAAAACAAUGUUUUAAGAACUCAUAAGAUGUAUGGGAUAAGUAGCAUAUUUCAAUUUUAUAUGAGAGCUAUGUAAAUUAAUAUAUCUUACUUGAAUGCUGAAUGACUAUGUCAAAGAGACUUUGCUAAAAUGUUUUUGGCACCUGCACAUUUUGUUGUUCCCACAGUUUAUGUCAAAGAACUUAAAUUACAUGCUAUAGAAAAAGCAAAAGAAAAAGAAAGAAGGACUCGUCAUGAUUUGAGGAAACGGGAUGAUCAUUGGUAUGUUCUACAGGUAAUUACUUUGUUUUAAUAAUAGUAAUGAUGAUAAUGAUUGUAAUAAUAAUAAUAAUAAUAAUAACUAUUUUUAAGCUUAUUAGAACAAGGGAAUUUUUAUUUUAGUAAGGGGCAUGCUCCACCUAGUUGCCAAGAACUAAGUAACCACUGUAAUUUUGGUUGUUAGCAUGGCCUGUCACGGGGCCUAGCUAUAAUAAUGCAGAUCAGUCACAUGAAAUUUUGAUUUCUCUUAAGGUGCUAUGGGGUGAUGAUACCACAGACACAAUACACAGGACAUAUGAAGAAAUGUUUGACUUUCAGUGCAAGGUAUGGACCUGUCUCAAUCCGAUGUCCAAUCAGAAAUGUUUUGAGACCAUAUGUCAGUUAUGGGAGGGGGACUUAUGAAGAUUUAGGUGGGGCAUGCUGCAGGAACCCUGUAAGCCUAGAGCCUUUAAGGCCAGUUUUCACUAGCAACGGAGUCGGAGUCGUAAGCGGAGUCGUAAGAGCACUCAUGAUCUAGUAAAAAUAAAAAAAUGGAGUCGUAAGCAGAGUCAAGUUAAGGUAAUUCCCUUGAAAUUGUUUUACCAUCAAACUUUUUUUUGAAACUUGGCAUACAUGUUAUCAACAUUCAUGAUAUGAACAUUAAAAAAAUGCAAUAAAAAGAUGGGGUCACCGUGCUGGUUUACGCAUCAGCAGGCUCUUAAACUGGGGUAUUUUUACUGGUUGCGUGUUAAAAAUUAGAAUCUCCUUCUUACAGAAUUAAGUCUUUGUUACUUGAAACACAGAAAAUGUUAUCGUGAACAUAACAUAGAUUGUUUUCACUGUCACGCAACAAAAAAGUAAAUUGGAAACCGUCCAGUGUAAAAAGCCAAGAAAAUGAAAUGUUAUAAAAGACUAGUGUAUAAACAAUUUGUCCAAAUCUCACGUCUUUGUGGCCCACAGUUUCUGAGUAAUUUGCCAAAACGUUUCACGCAACUUUGUAGAGCUUUGUAUGGAGACGCCAUAUUUGUGGACCAUUUUGGUCCACCAAUAUGGCUGCCGGAAAUCAACAAAAACAUCUGGAGUUCACUUUUUCUAUAAAAGCUCUUUCUUUUCACCAGAGAACUAGCAUACGUGCGCAUAGACAUAUCUUCUAAUACUUAAAAUGGUUAUACAGUCUACUGAAAAUCAAGAGGAGAGGCUAAGUUUUUUUCAGUGAGACAGCAUUCCUAUUUUGAUGUCACGGAUUGUGAAAACUCGGAAGUUCAAAUUGCUCUAUUUUCGAAAUGAAACAUGCUACGGGAAUGUAAACUGGUACAAAGAUUUACUUUUUGUUUAUCUUCAACCCAGGUAAAUAAGAAUUUGUAAAACCUCGCUAUUUUGACUUUACAAUUUGAUGAUGUCACUGUGAAAACCAUCUAUUCAAAUAAACAGUAUUGCUUCAUUUAAUUUGUUUUUGAUUGCCUGGUUGAGGGGACAUUGCACUUUUUCAAACAGUUCUGUGGUUUAAGCUUGAGGUCCUCGUCUUGACCCAAAAUUAUACACCAAAUACGAAACUAUUUUCCCUCCAAAAAUCAUGUUCUUCUAUAAAACUUUUUUUCUUCUUCAACUAUGUUCUUUAUCAGACUGUUCUUAGCAAAUACCUGGGAAAAAAAUCGGGGGUCACAGUGCUUGUUUCCUCACAAACUGCUGUGAAAGGUGGACAUGGUUUUGAGAUUGCAGUCAGUAUGGAUAAUUUGCGUGGCGGGGACUGGGGUGAGAUACAAAAUAACACCCAUUGUGUUUGAAGUAUGCACUCGAGAUCAAGCUUGUGUUCGGUCGUUUUUAUGUGAUUGAUAUCGCCAACACAGAAGUUCAAAAUUGAAAAGAGUACCACAAAGUGAGGUGAGUCAAGAUUUGAUGAGAUUUUGGAGUUAUGAAUCUCUAUUUUGGACUUCUUUGUAGUGCCAGCGUUCUGUUUAAUUCUGGUGAGCUAGGGUUCGAUGUUUUUGCUUUUGCACAAUAAUGCUUGACAAAGAAACUUGAAGAAAAGACUUUUGAUUCCUAUUCUCCAUAUGUUCGCUUGUUUGGGAUCUUAUGCCGCAAAAUGUGAAUUCAGCAGCAAACUUCGUGUUUACAUCUCGAGGUCUCCCUCGCAUGGUUCUGGUGCUAUGGUGGGUCUUAUUUGUUCCAGAAAUAUUCAUCUCUCCCCUCUUGGAGUUUGAACAACAUAUGCACAGCAGUGAUUCCAGGCCAGAUAAUGCAGUUGGAGAGCCGUAGAGCUGUCCCACAGGCUUCACCGCCCCCAUAAUCCAAAGCCUCAGCCAAGACAGUUUACUAAUUCCACAUCUCGAUGGCCGCAUAGUGAAAAACCACUGUAGACUUCGGGAUCACGCACAUUUCUUUCAUUUUCUUGUUUUUCGAUAGCAAACCAGGAAGCUGUCAGCUGAUCUGCAGCAUUUUAUUGCGAAUAAAAGCUUAAGAUCUGUAAAAGCAGCCCUUGCUUGUUCUUUUCACACUAGUGGGAAGAACCGCUGCCAUCUGGGAUGUCGCAAUGUCAUGCGCAGUAGAGGGUGCACAGUGCAAAACAAGGGAAUUACCUUAAGAGCAGAAUUCACUAGCCCGACAGUAAAAUUCACUAGCCCCGGGCUAUCUGACAUGACUUUCUUUGCAUGCUGGCGUACAUCUCUGUCGCUUAUGUUCUGCUUAUGAUCUAGUGAAAACCAGAUUGUCAGAGUCGGAAGCAGAAGUGAAAGGAUAAACCAAUCACAAUGCACGUUCCUAUGCUUUGUGAUUGAUUUGGUUCUUCUGCUUCUGCUUCUGACUCUGACAAUCUGGUUUUCACUAGAUCAUAAGUGGAACUUAAGAGAUGGAAUCAUAAGCGGAAUUGGAAGGCUCUUUUCACUAGGUCAUAAGUUCUACACUUCUGAUUAUGACUCCAACUCUGAUUCCAUUGUUAGUAAGAACCAGCCUUAAGCCUCUACUAGACCAUCUUCAUUGUAACCCUAUUAAGUUAUUCUCUUAUCCAUCCACACUAUCAGUACCAAAUACUGAUGCCAAUAAUGAAAUUCCUAUAAAUUAACGAUACCAUACUGUUACAGCAUGUUAUUUUCAUGACUGUGAAAAUCGCAAAAUUUGAGACCCACAAAAUUAGCUGUCAUGAAAAUUAAUCAAGCAAACUUAAUUAAUACCCUGCUGUCAACAUCGGGGCCAGUCCACAAUAUUUUUAUCUCCAUGAUCCCUAUUUUCAUUUCAGUGUGUGAACUCUCUUCAUCAGCUAUUUCUAUCUGGCAAUUAUAGUUUCUUGUAAAUUAUGUAUUUAAUUGGCUGAAUCACAAAAUUUGAAAUAAGUGCUGCAAAAUAUGUUGGUUACGUUAUCGUGAAAGAGUUCCUAGGGUUGUCCUGAAUAUUUUGUUUGCAACUUGCUGACAGAGAAUUGAAUAGUUAGGGAGCAUGCAGUCAGUGUUAUGCUGAUGGUGUCGGGUGACUGGGGUGGGGGGAUUCCCUGGUACCUGGCCCUGAUAGGAACAGCCCAGUAUCCUAUUCUAGGCUAACGUGAUCUGAUUUUUAUACCAGGGAACAGACCAAACUACUUGAAAACCUUACCCUUUACAACAGCACAUAGUUAUACAACGUUCAGCUAUACAACAGUUAUACAACAGAUCAGACCUGGUGUCUUGAAAAAAAAGACCCCUAAGACCCCCCACCGAAUGACUCUGAACUUUACUGAUUAGGGUUAGGAGACUGGGUUAAAGGUCGGUUUGUCCAGUAUAAUAACUUAAAUGGAACCUGAUUAACUCAGUUUCCUAAUCCUACAUCAAUAAAGCUCAGAGUCAUUCGGUGGGGGGUCGGAAGGGUCUUUGUUUUCAAGACACCCGAUCAGACCCCCUCUUAUGUUUGUUAUGGUUAUUUCUGUACCCGUACCACUGCAAACAUUUUCACUGAAUAUCUUUUAUUUUAAGUUACGGAAAAUGUACCCAAACAAAGUGGACACAAAUGGCAAUCCAUGGAAACUACCUUUCUUACCAGGUAAGGCAUUCCUGAUGACUUAGUUAUCUUUAUCUGUAUAUUUACAUUACCAUUGCCUACAUUUAUAAUUAUAGUUUUUUACUGUCAGCACUUCUUUUCUACCCAUCCCUCGUGUUAGCUUCAGAUUUGUAACCUGAAAUUCCUCUACUCUGAGAAACUGCAUGUGCCUAUAUACAUGUACAUGUAGUGGAACAGUGACUUGCACAAACUCAAACCCCAGCCACAAAUAUGCAGGGGAUACUGGUAGGUUAGUUGAAUUCCUUACCUCCUUAAAUCUACUUCAGUAAAUGGAAAAACUGAAUAUUUUCAAACAAAGAAAAUUUUACAAGUACUGUAAAGUUAAAUGGAGAAGGUGACAUGAGAUUUAUUGGCUUAAGUUGCUUAUUGCUGUGGUUGUUUUGUAGGGAGGAUCAGAAUUUUUAAUAAACCUGAGCAGAAAGGAGAGAAAACACCCAUCCCUGAUAUAACAGACUACAUUCGGUAUGUUGUCCCAGUUAAGUAAAAUAUAAGUGCAUUGCAAGUGUACAUAUUUGUUGUUUGCUUUAGAAAACUGAUGACAGUGAUAUAUAGGUAAUUGAAUACAUGAAGAAAUGCUCGGAAAAAAUUCAAGCUCCCCAGCAGGAACAAACUCAUGAUCUUCCAGUUGCGGGUUGUACCCUCUAAUCACUGAACUAUAUGGCCAUGGUGAGCUGCCAUAUGGUGCGAAGCAUAUUGUAAGUAGACUGAUAAAUAUUGAUCAACACAACACGCUUAAUAACCUGCAUCUGGCAAGCACAAUAAACAAGUGUACACUUUGAACAAUUACUAGCAACCCAAGUGCGAUGGUCAUGUGUCCUAUUCAUGAUACAGUAAAUGGACAAUGCACCACUGUUAACACUAUUUUCAUAGCAGAAUCAUGAAUUUUGUGGGGAAAAAAAAACACAACAAUUUUAUUUCGGCGGUGAGAAAAUGAGAAAUGUUAGGGGUCAGCAAGGAGAACCCAGCAAGGUAAAAAUAAGCGGCAAUAAAAAAAGCGAGCAGGAAAACAAGCAGCAAAAUCUUUGGUGAGCGUAUAAAACAUUUUUUUCCAUAAAAUGUGUAACUAGAAAGUUUCACUUUGUGGUAGUGCAAAACAACAUCAAAGAAAUGUGCCAAAACGUGUGCUGCACGUGCAAAGUUUUUUUUGGUUGCUAAUUAGACUAUUAUUUUUUUGCAGUUCUUGUUGUUGUCGCCAUUUAGCAUUGCUUGAUUUUAUUUUUUGUUUGAGUGAAUUAUAGGUAUAUUAACGAGAGCUUCGCUUUUAGCCCUGGCUAAAUCCAUAUAUUGAAAAAGUGUAUAGUACUGCAUGCGUGUUGUUACAGUUGAUGGACCACUUGUUUAUUUUGUUAUGGGUUUCCUUUUCCUCAAAUUUAAAUACCUUGUUUUCCUGCAAGCUACUGGCUUCAUAUUCAUGUCAUGAAUGUGAUAAUCUCACAAAUCUCCACUGCCUCUAAUGCAUGUGAAUUAUCUUACAAAUUGGAAUCUUGAUGGGACCUGAUUGAUCCAUAAAGUUUUCAUUAUGUGAAUGAUUAUCACUUCGUGUUUGUUUUUUUUUCACUCUUUAGGUUGUUUAGCAGUCUUCCUAAGUUUGUUCGAGGCUGUGAUCAUGUAGUGAAGUUUUUCCAGUGUGAAAAAGAAAAACGGAAAAGGUUGGAAAGCAAGAAGUCAAAACAUUCUUCAAAAAAGGAUCAAGUUUUAGACAAAAUGAAGCAAAAAGAGUUUGACACUCCUCAUAGGAUAGCAGAAGUAGUGCGUGAACAGUCACUUGGUGAAAGUGAGAGAGAUGCCAAAAAAUCAGAAAAUAAAACUGAUGCUACAAAUCAGUCUCAAAAUAGAGAUCAAAUAAAGGCAGAUGAAGGAUCACCAGCAGUAAUUCAAGUGGAUGAAAAUGGGAAUGAAUUGAAAGUAACGGCAUCUGGUAAGAUAAUUAACAGUCAGUGUAGUGUUGGCUUUUAGGGAACCAAGCGUGAUUGUACACACACAUGUAAUACUUUGUCAGUAGUGUUCAUAUGACCGUGAACUAGAAAAU